AUGUCUGCCGCCAAAGCUGCGCGCCAAGGAGAAGAAAUCUGGAAAACCAAAAUCGACAAAGUGAACGCUGAGCUCGUAACCCUCACAUACGGCACCAUUGUUGCACAGCUAUGCAAAGACUACGAGAGCGACUAUGUGGAAGUGAACAAGCAGCUCGAUAAGAUGGGCUACAACAUCGGGCUCCGGCUCAUCGAAGACUACCUUGCGAAAUCAGGUACCAUGAGGCGGUGUGCGAAUUUCAAGGAGACGGCUGAGAUGAUUGCUAAAGUUGGAUUCAAAAUCUUCCUCAAUAUAUCCCCCACCAUCUCCAACUGGACUACAGACUCCAAACAAUUCUCGCUCAUCUUUGACGAGAACCCGCUAGCGGAUUUCGUGGAGCUGCCUGAUGAUGGCCGCGCGCAGGAGGAAUUGUGGUUUUCGAAUAUCUUUUGUGGGGUGUUGAGGGGUGCGCUGGAGAUGGUGCAGAUGCAAGUUGAGGCGCAUUUCACGAGUGAUGUUUUGAGGGGACAGGAAUCUACAGAGAUGAGGGUUACUUUGAUUCGGUAUAUUGAUGAUGAGAUGCCGGUGGAUGAUGAAUAA